UUCUGCGAGGACAGUGGAAAGGGUCAGGACGCCAAGCGUUGUUUGAAUAAGAGGAAGACUUUGACAUACGAGGCUUAGUUCUGAUAGUCUCACGAGUAAGCCCACCAGGGGUAUUUCGAGAGAGAGCGAGGAAGCUGAUGGCGGUAGCGACCUGAUGAUGAGGAGGAUGGCGAGAAAACCGCCUUGCUCAAGAACGAGGCCAAAUGGGGGAAUGGCCUGCCUGCCUCCACGCGACGCGUGACCCCAUCAGCCGCGUCGCUUGUGAGACCGUGAGCGGGCUUUUAAUUGCUGCUCGUCCCGUGACGCUGACUCAUUCCCAACGUGGACAUUUAUUUCGUUGACUGAAGAGAAACGUCACUCGGGAAACGGACGCCAUUCGACCACCCAAGAUGGACGACGCCGAGGAGAGUAAUAAUAAGGUGCUUCAGCAGGAGGAGUUAGUGGCUCUCUCCUCCAUAUACGGCCCGGAGUUCGUGAGUGAUAACGCCGCUGCGGCAGAUGCGCAUCCGGACGCUGUCACUAUCAAACUCACCGUCCCGCUCGGCCCAGUCCUCCUCGAAUGCCAUCUCCCCUCGACCUACCCUUCCCAAGAACCCCCAUAUUACGAACUAGUGACAGCCUGGCGUAAUCGUGCGGGAAACAGCUUUGGAGUCUCGGACUCGUUUAGGAGGGAACUGGACGGCAAGUUCCUCGGGUCUUUUGUUCCCGGCGAGGUUAUCAUCUUCGAAUGGGUGGAACUGCUAAAGUCGAUGCUGGAGGAGCGGUAUGGCGGUGACGACAUCGGGCUGGAGUUUGGCAUGGUUGUGGAGGCCGCGGGGAAUCCGACGGAGCGCCAUGGCGAAGGAGAAAGACCGAGUAGCAGCUCAACCCGGACGGGCGACGAAACGCGCACGCCCACGGAUGACAACACAGAGCACCUCUCAACAGCCUUCCCCAUGAUCAAACCGCCCAACUGUCCACCCAUAACACACUCCACAGAGCCCCUAGUUGAGCGCAAAUCGGUCUUUGUAGCCCACGUCUCACCCAUCACGACACCCGACCAAGUUGCCUUCGUCCUCUCCGCCCUCCUCACAAACAACCGCAUCCGCCGCGCGACGCACAACAUCCUCGCCUACCGCAUCGUAGAGCCCAACGGCGUCAUCCGGCAGGAUUGCGAUGAUGAUGGAGAGACGGCGGCUGGUGGGAGAUUGCUGCAUAUGCUGCAGUUGGCGGAUGUGCGUGGGGCGAUGGUGGUUGUUACGAGAUGGUAUGGGGGUGUUCAUUUGGGGCCGCAACGGUUUAAGCUGAUUAACAAUUGCGCGCGGAGUGUCUUGGAGGCAACUGGGUUCAUGGGCGCUACAGGCGGCGGUUCGGAUGGGAAGAGGGCUGCUAAGAAGAGAUGAAGGAACUCUGGACAGACUAGCCGACAUUGCCAACGGUGGUUGAAACGCCCGACGGGUGGUCGGUGGAGUGUCCUCGAAAACUGGCCCCCUCCGACGGGCUGCAUUCGGCAAAACAAGCCCACCGCAGCGUAGGAUCGGCUCUCUGGAUCAGAGCAUUCGAGUACUUGAGGGCAGCUUGGUUCAGGGAUGUUGGGCCCGCCUAUACGACAUAGCAA